AUGCCGCACAUAUUCGUGCCUCCUGUCGCGACGCAGCGAGCUGGUUCUGCAGCAUGGCAACUACCCUCAGGAAAGAGCAAGCGCAAGAGAAUGAAGACUCUGAAAAAUGAUGCUGCACAAGGCGAGGACCCCUCUAGCCAGACACUGUAUGAUAUAGACAGCCACUCUGUGAACACUGCCAAUCUCGACUAUGUCGCUGUUGUAACUCCAAUCGAGAGGCUUCAACGCCGUGUCGCUGGACAACCGCUGGAUCAGCCUCCACCGCCCUUCCCAUUUCCGCACGCAGAGGUACCUUCGAAGAAGAGCUGGGCAGCACGAGGGGAUCUAGACGAGGAAAAGGAAGGCUCACAAGUGUCAAAGCUAUCGGACAGCUCACGUUCUUUGCACAUUCAACAUCUCGCUGCCUUGACCGCCAUAGUCCACCGGUCGCUCCUCCAGGAAGAUUUCCCUCGUGCUGCCCGCGCUCUAGGACUGAUCUUCCGCGAGGAUAUUGUCAGUAAGACUGCUGCUGUCCGCACUCAAGGCUAUAUGGGCAUUGCAGCUGAAGUACUCCUGCGUAAUGGAUCCGCCAGAGAUCCUACUCAUGACCAGGGUGUCUCUGCGAUUCCGUUCACGCCUGAGGGUUUCGAGAAAGCCAAGCGCUUCUAUGAGCGACUUAUCGUCAGGCAUCCCUAUCACAAGUCAUGGCCCGAGGCCGUCAAUGCUGUUGACUAUUACCUCGCUAUGUUCAAUAUUUGGAUCUACGUGGUGCAAGCCCAAUACGCGGCCCAAUCGACCGCGCAUGAGGACGAUGAAAUUGAUGUCGAGUCCGUCACUUCUUCUCCUCGCGUGAGCAGGUUGACCAAUACAUCACACAAGAAGGUGAGGGAACUUCAACAGGCUGAUCAGAUUGCAUCCAGGAUGGACACUUGCAUGGCGACCGUUCCAUAUAUGGAUGAACCGGAGCUCAUCAGACUUCGUGCCAUGGUCGCCCUUUGGGUGGCUGACCUCCACGACGAUUGUGCCCAUCUCACCAGACUCGGUGACCUGGAGGCUGUCGACAUGCCCUUGGACCCGAAUACCCCGUCGCCGGCUCUGAACGAAGACCACCCCUCAGCCCCGAACGAGCACAGGCGCGAGGCUGCUCGGGCACGUGACAAGGCGCAAGACCUCUUGUCGAGGCUGGAAAGUGAAGCGAGAAGCGACGGAGGAUGA